AUUUGAUGGAAUUUAAAAUUAAAAUACAGUUUCAACUUUCAUCAUCUUAUAACUUAUAAGCUGAUGCUUCCUACCGCAGAUUCGCAAUCUGAGAAGUAAUAAUGGGCAUCUUGAAGGUCCUUCUUUACUUAAUAUUUCCUGUCAUACAUGCCUUAAACGAUUGCCCAGUUUCUUUAUGUGGUAACUUUAGUUUACCUAUUCGUUUUCCCUUUAUACUAAAAGGUGAGCAAUCUCCUUAUUGUGGUUAUCCUGGUUUCAACUUAAUUUGUUCAAAUCAAAGAAAAUCAUCAGUUCUAGAGCUUCCUUAUUCUGGCAAAUUCUAUGUACGCAACAUAAAUUAUCUCACACAACAGAUACAACUCUAUGAUCCUGAUAAUUGUCUUCCGAAACGUCUUCUAAGUCUCAAUUUUUCAAAUUCUCCUUUCAUUGCUACUUUUAGUCGUGACUACACCUUUUUAAGCUGUUCAUCUCAGAAUAUAUCUCAGAAUUUAGGGUCACAAUUCAUUCCCAUUGAUUGUCUUAGUAAUUCAACAUAUUUUGUAUCAGCUAUCCUUUCAGUGAAUUUGGUCAAUUCACUUCCUGGGUCUUGUUCUGUUAUCAAACGGCUUUUAGUUCCAAUUGCAAGACAAGAACGAUUCGGAGAAAAACUCAGAGAUGAUCUUAAUGCAGAUCUUCAAUUAACAUGGGAUAAACCUGACUGCAAUUUUUGUGAAACACAUGGGCUAAUGUGUGGAUUAGAAAGCAUUUACAACAAUCAAGUUGUUUGUAUGUCUGAUUACCAAGAAGGUACAUCGCGACAAGGACUUAAAGUUUUCAGAAUCAUAGCAUUAUGUAUUACUGGACCAGCUCUAAUCUUUGUUAUGUUAAUGGCAUCUUGUGUGUGCUACAAUGAUAGAAUAGCCAACAUUACCAGAAAUGCUGCUUCUCGGUCAGCACCAGCUGCAAUAUCACCACAACCUGAAGUCACAAUAGUGACAGGUCUAGACGAAUUGACAAUUGAAUCUUAUGAGAAAGUAGUUCUUGGGGAGAGUCGACGCGUACCUGGACCAAAUGACGGAAGUUGUUGGAUAUGCUUAUCAGAAUACAAUAGUAAAGAGACAAUAAGAUGCAUUCCUGAAUGCAAACAUUGUUUUCAUGCUGAUUGCAUUGAUGAGUGGCUCCGUAUGAAUGUUACAUGCCCUGUUUGUCGUAAUUCUCCUGCUCCUUCUCCUCUUAAUGUUGCUUCUAGUAAUGUUUGAGUGAUCAUGGACAAUGCAAAUCAUAUUUUUUUAAUUAUUAGUGUUAGUAAUUGUGUGUAUAUACAUUUACAAAUCAUUCAUGACAUAACAUAGACCUUUUCCCGUUUAAUCAAGAUUUCGAGUUGAAACUCGAGCUGGAAAUGCAAAAACUUCAAAAGAUAGAGUUCACCACCCGUUUGUGUUUGACAUGAUUCAA